CGGGCCGGGCCGGCCGCGGCGGCGGAGGGCGCAGCGGGGGCCGCCGCGGCCGCAGCGUGGCAAGGAUGGAGCCGUGGAAGCAAUGCGGGCAGUGGCUGAUCAGCUGCAAGGUGCUGCCGCCCAACCAUCGGGUCACCUGGGACACGGCCCAGGUCUUCGACCUGGCGCAGACGCUGCGCGACGGCGUGCUGCUGUGCCAGCUGCUCAACAACCUGCGCAGCCACUCCAUCAACCUCAAGGAGAUCAACUUGCGCCCUCAGAUGUCCCAGUUCCUUUGCUUGAAGAACAUAAGGACUUUUCUUUCGGCAUGUUGUGAAAUAUUUGGGAUGAAGAAAAGUGAACUUUUUGAAGCAUUUGAUUUGUUUGAUGUGAGAGACUUUGGAAAGGUGAUAGAGACACUCUCAAAACUUUCUCGCACUCCUAUUGCAAUAGGCACAGGAAUAAGGCCCUUCCCUACAGAAGAAAGCAUUGAUGAUGAAGAUAUCUACAAAUGUCUUCCUGAUUUGAUAGAUGAAACUGGUAUUGAUGAAGAUGAGGAGCUGUAUGAUUGUGUCUAUGGAGAAGAUGAAGGUGGGGAGGUUUACGAAGACCUAAUGAAAGAUGAAGCAGCGCAGCAACCCAAACAUACCGAGAAUGAUGUAAGAAGUUGUUGUCUUGCUGAAAUAAAACAAACUGAAGAGAAAUACACUGAAACUCUGGAAUCAAUAGAGAAAUUUUUUAUGGUGCCAUUGAAAAGAUUUUUGUCAGCAUCAGAGUUUGAAACUGUUUUCAUCAACAUUCCUGAUUUGGUGAAAAUUCACAGGAGUCUAACACAGGACAUCAGUGAUUCCAUUAUUAACAAAAAUGAUCAGAACUUGUAUCAAAUUUUUAUUAACUACAAGGAGAGAUUGGUCAUUUAUGGACAGUACUGCAGUCAAGUGGAAACAGCCAUAUCAUGCUUAGACAACAUUUCAAAGACAAAAGAAGAUGUUAAGUUGAAGUUAGAGGAAUGUUCCAAGAGGGCCAAUAAUGGGAAAUUUACUUUGCGAGAUCUUUUAGUGGUUCCAAUGCAAAGAGUGCUAAAAUACCACCUACUGCUCCAGGAGCUGGUAAAGCACACCACAGAUCCCAUGGAGAAAGCAAAUCUAAGACUGGCGCUUGAUGCAAUGAAGGACUUGGCUCAAUAUGUAAAUGAAGUGAAGAGAGAUAAUGAAACACUCCGUGAAAUUAGACAAUUUCAACUAUCAAUAGAGAAUUUGAAUCAUUCCCUCUUACAGUAUGGAAGACCUCAAGGUGAUGGGGAGAUAAGGAUAACUACGUUAGACAAACGUGCAAGGCAAGACAGGCAUAUCUUCUUGUUUGAUCUGGCUGUAAUUGUUUGCAAACGGAGAGGUGAUAAUUAUGAAAUGAAGGAAAUAAUAGAUCUUCAGAAAUACAAAAUUACAAAUAACCCCACUACUGAUAAAGAAAAUAAAAAGUGGUCUUAUGGCUUCUACCUCAUUCAUAUCCAAGGUCAAAAUGGUUUAGAAGUUUAUUGCAAAACUAAAGAUUUGAAGAAAAAAUGGCUUGAACAAUUUCAGAUGGCUCUGUCAAACAUACGGCCUGAUUAUGCGGACACAAGCUUUCAUGAGUUCAAAAUGCAUACUUUCAGUCGUGUGACAUCUUGCAAAGUCUGUCAAAUGCUUCUUCGGGGAACAUUUUAUCAAGGCUAUUUAUGCUCUAAGUGUGGAGCUGGAGCACACAAAGAAUGUUUAGGAAGAUUAGACAAUUGUGGCAGAGCUAAUUCAGGUGAACAUGGGAACCUGAAACAUGAGAAACGAACAAAUGGAAUUAGAAGGAACUCCAGACAUGUGGACCCAGGUUUACCGAGGAUGCAAGUAAUUCGAAACUACAAAGGAAUACCGCAACCAGCACCACAGGAUGGUCCACCAUUACAUAUCCAGAUUGGGGACACUAUUGAACUGAUCACAGGCGAUGCUCAUAGCUUAUUUUGGCAGGGCAGAAAUCUAACAACAGGAGAACUUGGCUUCUUCCCAAGUGAUGCAGUAAAGCCUAGUCCAUGUGUUCCAAAACCAGUUGACUACUCGUCACAACUGUGGUUUGCAGGAGCAAUGGAAAGAUUGCAAGCAGAGAGUGAACUUAUUAAUAGAGUAAAUAGCACUUACCUGGUGCGACACAGGACUAAAGAGUCGGGAGAGUAUGCAAUUAGCAUUAAGUACAAUAACGAAGUGAAGCACAUCAAGAUAUUAACAAGAGAUGGCUACUUCCACAUUGCAGAAAAUAGAAAAUUUAAAAAUUUAAUGGAACUUGUAGAUUACUAUAAGCACCACUCUCUCAAAGAAGGCUUUCGAAGUCUGGAUACUACACUUCAAUUUCCAUACAAAGAAUCUGAAAACUCGGUGGGGCAGAGGGGUAACAGAGCAGGUGGCAACUCCCCUUCUUUGUUCUGUGGGUUUUCUUUUGUAACUCCUCCAGACUUCAGCUUUGUUCCCCCUUCCUCCACUCCUUUCUGGUCAGUGCUAAGUCCAAAGGUGAUCGGCAUUGCCAUUGCAAGGUAUGACUUCUGCGCAAGAGACAUGAGAGAACUGUCCUUAUUGAAAGGCGAUGUUGUAAAAAUUUAUACGAAGAUGAGUGCAAAUGGCUGGUGGAGAGGUGAAGUAAACGGAAGGGUGGGCUGGUUUCCGUCUACUUAUGUUGAAGAAGAUGAAUGAAUUAAAACCUCUGCUGACCAGCAAUUUCAGGGAUUGUAUAAUUUAAUAACUUCAAGCAUUAAUGGUCUUGUUAAGUACCCAGGCAGCAGCAUUUUGUAUGUCUGAAUCUUCUAGUCUUAUUCUUGGCAUUUACAAAGAACUUUGUGCUAACAGAUUAUUACCUUGCCCAGAGCUGUGCAAGAAACAACCUGCCACUUGGCUGUCACUGGGGAUCAGUACAAAGUCUGGCACUCACAAUCCAGAAGAUUACAGGAAAACAAUUUUUUUUAUUCUGUUUUUCAUUUCAUUUUCAUGCUGUAGUACACCAUGAAUAGCAGCUAUGGCUGAAUGUUUAAUAAGUCUGUUUUCUUCUAGCUAACAUCUGUGAUGGUACCAGGAGAUGAAGGCUUAUUUUUCCUUAUCACUGUAAGCAGAAAACGUAGUUCAGUCAUUCAGGUAGGCAUAAAGUGUAGUCGAUAGACUUUUCAAAACAUCAAACUACCUUACUUAUCACCUUGUAAACAGUUUUACACUUAAAAAAAAAAAAAUCAUUCUAAAGUAAACACAAAUGUAGUAAACAUGAGUAGCAUUUAUGCAUAUGUAAUUAGAUAACUGAAUUCUUUGAGGUUUUGCCUGAAUCUUCUAACAGUUUGUUUAAAGAAAGCUUUCUAUAAAAGUUUGGUGACAUGAUAUGGCUUGAAAAAUCAUCUGCAAAGUGGAAUUCUGGACUGGUUUUUUGUCUUCUCAGCUUUAUUAGUUUAGCAACCGAUCGUCAAAAUGCAACCCGAGGGUAAUUAUGGCAAGAUUCAUUUUAAAAUUUUAAGCAUUAGCAUUAAAUAGAUACUGUAACGCUGUCGUGUAGCAGGGUAUACUGAGUCAGGAUGAUUUCAUUUCUUGAGAACAAAAUUGUAUAUCUUAAUUUCCGGGAUGAUUCAUGAGAACUUUUUGAUGCUUCCAGCUGUAAGCUGUUUUUCCUGGUUAGGCAGCUUCUAUUUCUACUUAGGUCACCUUUUGUGCUCUUAGAAGUUAAUACAGAAGGAACAUACAGAGCUCAGCAUGCCUGUUCCCCUCUUGUUUCCUGAGAUGUUAAUGGCAGGGUGGUAUGUGAUCUUGUUGCAUUGUUAUGAAUAUCCUCAAGUAACAGUGGAAACCAGAUUAGUUAGCUUGAAGUGGCACCUGAUCCUUGGAUGAAGCAGUUUUUAAGGUAUUUAUGGAGUGUCUGAAGUGCUUUAACUUUAAGGAAAUGUGGGUGCUGCCUUCAGAUCUACUGUUUAGAUAAUUUCUAAGUCAUCUUGAAAACUUCAAAGAAAGUAAAGCUCCUUCUUUGCUUCAUUCUGGCCUCCUGGUCAUCAUGAAGAAUGUAGCACAGCACAGAUCACAGUAAUCCCCUUUCUCUCUGCAAUGAUCAUACCCAUCUGUUACACCUAGCACGUACUGUUAUGUGACCAGGAAAAAGUGAGGAUCUCCUAAUUAGAAAUCCUCCACUUGUCAGAUUCAGCCUUGCAGAUUAAAAUCUGCUGAUACUCUUAAUUUUUCAAGGAUUUACCUCAAAAUUUUGUGAACUGUGAUUAUGUUAAGUGCAUUGCUUGAUGGAAUAAUUCAGAGUAUUUGUAAAUAUGUACAUUAUUCAUAAAACAUUUUGUAAAUGACCUGUACAGUAGUGUAGACUGGGAGAUAGUGUUUGAUCAUGUUUUCCCAUGCAGUUUUAUUGUCAGUUGUGAGCCUGAUCCUAUGUUCCUUAAGUAGACGAAGUUGAUGCACAGUUUUGCCCUCUCUAGGGGUACAGAAAUGGUCUAUAGGCUUGUGUUUAGUGCUUUGCUGUCUUACAGUUAUGAGAAGAAGCAGUUUAAUUCAGUGAGUUAAGAAAUGCAUCAGUCAUUCUGGACAGCUUGGAUUUAGAAUCAUUUUGAGUACUCUCUCCGUCCUGAAAUUUCUGUGAAGCCUUUAAGCAACUCCUGAAUCCAGUAAUCAGCCUUUGAGAAGAAUGAAAGCCAUAGAUGAACUUACUUUUUUGGCAUAAAUCUACAUGUUAUUGUCUGUGUUUAAUGCCCUGUAUUAAUUGAGUUAAUGCUGCAUCUUAAACUAGAUUUUCAGUACCAAAGACUUCUAGAUAUUCUGAAGUGUUUCUUUCACGUGCUUCUUUUGCUUGUAUGGAGGUUUUGUUGUCAUGCCGUGCUGGUGUUACCUUACUUUAAUUUGUAAUAUUUUGUAAAUAUGUUAAAUACAAUAAACUGGUCUUUUUUUUUAAUUUA